AUGGCUCCAGUCGCAGCAACCGCUAGCUACACGGCUGCGCCGUCUCGUUCGCAGAGACUGCUCAGCUCGGCACACUCCCCUUUGCUGUCAUCUCUGGCGCAGGCCUGUGAUAUUCCGGUUGAGUCCAUAACAGAUGCGUACCCGUCUUCUCCCUUGCAAUCUUCCAUGUUCGCGGCAUUCCUCUCAUCGCCACCAGAGAGGCUGCUGUACGUCGCACAACUGGCGUUCGCCAUUUCCAGUCUUGCAAGUGACCAGGACUUGGAGAGAUUAGGUCGAGCGUGGGACUCGACCGUGGAGAGGAACGAGCUCUUAAGGGCUCGUCUUGCGCGGGGGCCGAGUGGCAAAGACUACUUGGUUAUUCCAAGGGAACUGCCAACCUAUGACUACGUCGAUGGCGUCACCCUGGAUGAAUUCCUGCAGCAUGGGGACCAUCUCGAUAUGGAUUAUGGGCGGCCUCUGAUGAGGCUGUCAGUAUUGGAGGAAGGGAAGCAUUUCGUCUGGACUAUCAGCCACGUGUUAUACGAUGGAUGGUCCUUGCCCUUGGUUUUGGCCGAUUUCGUCGAGGCAUGGAAGUCGAGCUCAGACAGCACCAUUUUGGGGCAGUUGUCUUGCAUCAGCAGCCACAGACCGAGUUAUAAGAACUUCAUCAAGUACUUGGUCAACACCAGAAAGGCCAACUUCGACGCUGCAGCUGCAUUCUGGAGGAGCGAGGUCUUGGAAGGGGACGAGGAAUGCGUUCGAUUUCCACAAAUACCUGGCAACGGCAGCGGAUAUACACCGAUGACCAGUGCAGUCCUGUCUAGAUCUGUCCCAAUACCUUGGCCUUGCACUUCAAGUCACCACUUCCGGGGGCAAAAGCUCUUAUCUGCAUUGCCAUCUUCCGCAGUUCUGCGUUCAACCUAUCUGUGGGCCGCAUGGGCCAUGGUUUUAUGGAAGCACACACAAAGCUCGAGCAUUAUAUUCGGCGCCACCCUCAACGGCCGGCGAUGUCCCGUCGCCGGCAUCGAGGACAUCACCGGACCGACUAUGAACACCGUGCCUGUCAAGAUACGAGUGGACCGCGAAAUGGGCGUUGGGGAGUUUCUCCAGUACGUGCAGAGGAAGGCGAACGGCUGCGCGGAGUACGGUUGGCUGGGCUUUCAAGAAAUCCUCAGCAUCUGUGGUAGGGACACGGGCAGAGUCAAUUCGAUCAUGGUAGUGCAGCCAGCUUCCAGCCGGGAGGAUGCACACGGUGACAUGUUUGACGCGAUCCUGCGGCCGACAGGUCUAGUAUUCGAUGAUUCCAGAAGCAGCGCCAUCCAGCACAAUAUUGGGAUGUGCCUGAUCUGCACCCCCUCCGACGCGGGAUUGUCCAUCAACCUACAGUAUGAUCCAAGUCUCAAGACGGAUACGGAGAUCAGCUGGGUCGUCGGCCAAUUCACGACUGCGUUGCAACAACUGGUGCGUGACGACAUACAAGCCUUACCACUCGGAAAAAUUCGACUGUCAGGAGACGAGCAAUCAGAGCAGAUCCGGAGGUGGAAUGCCACGUCGACUGAGCCUGUGGAAGAGUGUCUCCACGACUUGAUUGAGGCGCAGGCGAGAGCCGCGGGUGACGCGGAGGCGAUCUUUUCUGAAGCGGGGAGUGUCACUUAUAACCAGCUUGACGAAUACUCUCGAAAUCUUGCAAUGUUCCUGCAUGAGAGAGACCUCGGGCAAAAGUCCAUGGUCCCCAUCGCCCUCGAGAAUUCCUGGCUGGCAGUUGUGGCCAUCAUUGCAGUGUUACGCGCAGGUGCAUGUUAUGUGCCCAUCGACCCCAGUGCGCCGCGGGAGAGAAUGGCUGCGAUUUUGAAGCAAGUCGACGCAAAGAUGAUGAUCUGCUCCGAGAGCGUGGCUGCUCGUAUGGAGUCUACAUGGAGCCAAGCAUCUGGGGUUGAGAUACUGGAGUUGACUGCUUUAUCACUCUCAAACAUCUCGGCAUCAUACAAAUCGAGAGCAGACAUCGUUCUCCCAAAAGUAUCACCAUCCAGUCUCGCGUAUACUUACUUCACGUCAGGAAGCACCGGAGUCCCCAAGGGUGUCUGCAUGUCCCACCGCGCCUCUUCUACGGGCAACACUGCCUAUGCCAGGAUACUCUCCCUCACGCGACGCUCACGUGUCCUCCAAUUCGCAUCUCUGUCAUUCGACGUCUCGUGUCUGGAAAUAUUUGCAACUCUACUCUCCGGAGGCUGCAUCUGCAUCCCGUCCGCCCAAGAUCGGCUCCAGGACCUCCAUUCCGCCGUCCGGAAGCUGCGUUGCAACGUCUUGGUGCUCACGCCAACCGUGGCCAAGCUACUUCAGGCCGACUUUGAGAAGAACCCGAUACCCAUCGGCAAGCUCUGUUUGACCGGGGAGCCGUUGACGGCCAGCGACGUGGAGUUCUGGGCGCCGAGGACCAGCUUGGUGAACGGGUACGGCCCAACCGAGACCUGUUUCUGUACCUUUUCCCGCACCUUGAACACGGCUUCAAGCGCCGGCAACAUUGGCUACGGGUCGGCGUGCAAUACCUGGAUCGUCGACGACUCUGGGACAGCCUUGGCACCCCUGGGCACGAAGGGAGAAUUGUUCAUCCAGGGACCUAUCGUUGCAGACGGGUACCUCGAUGAUCCCGAGAAGACUAGGGCGUCUUUCAUAGAGGAUCCGGUAUGGCUCCCACAGGGAUGGAGGAGUAGCGGAGCAAAGUUCAUCGCAUACAAGACCGGCGAUCUAGCCAGAUACAACCCGGACGGCAGUAUCGAGUGCUUUGGCAGGAAGGACUCACAAAUCAAAGUCCGGGGCAUGAGGGUUGACCUCGGUGAGGUCGAACACGCGGUCUCAUCGCUUGGGCACAAAGCCGUCGUCAUCGUCCCAUCCUCAGGUCCAGUGGCGGGCAAGAUUACAGCAGUGGUGGCUUUUGGGGAUCCCGACGGCGCGGGAAACCUCAGUGACCUCCCAGAUCCGGAACCCGACUCCUCAGUCGCCCUCCAGCUACUGGCCGUGCGCAACCACAUCAGCUCGCUGAUACCGCCCUACAUGCAUCCUGAGGUCUGGGUGCCCACCUACUCGCUGCCCAUGUUGCCGUCGGCCAAGGUGUCGCGGCUGGCGGUCAAAGGCUUUGUCCUGCAACAGCUCCAGGAGAGCUGGCUGAGCGCUUGGAACACCAUGUUGAACACGGCCGACUUGAAAAGCUCCAUCAUCCAACCUGAGGAAACCGUGGCAAUUGAGAUAGCAGAGAUAGUCGACAAGCUGAUCGCGUCUGGAAGUGGACAUGGUGGAUUUGGAGGAUGUGAGCCCUACCACGACAUCAUCCCCUCCAGGGCCGGACUUGACUCAAUCAAGACCGUCCAGCUCAUGCGGUUGCUCGCAAAGAGGUACAAGAUCACUCCGGCGAUGGCACGAAUAUCGGGUGGUGAGAUGAGCAUUCGUGACUUAGCAGGAUAUGUGGAGCACUUGAGGACCUGUUCCGACGUGCGUGAAGACGUCCCGCCACCAGGGGUGGACUUGGUGGACGAGUACCGUCAGCUCGCAGCCGGUCUCGACGACAGUUCUCGCACGACACGAAGUAAGCAUGUGCCAUUAAAGCUGAGCGAGAACGUCUCCACCGUUUUCAUGACGGGGGCAGCAGGGUAUCUUGGUAUUGAAAUCCUGCACCAGCUCGUCCAGCGCCCAGAGAUCUCCAACGUGAUCGUCCUCAUCCGGGCGGAUAGUCUGGAAAAGGCUGGCCACAGGCUGGCUGCAGUGGCCGAGCGAAUGGGAUGGUGCCUAGCCCCAUAUGUUCCCAAGAUUGAAGUCUGGCUGGGAGAUCUAUGUGAGCCGGGCUUGGGGCUCAGCAACGACCAAUGGGAGCGUCUUCGUGGGGAAGACUCACCAUUCGACUUGAUUGACGCCGUAAUACACGUCGGCGCAGUUGUCAACUGGUCCCAGAACUACCACCAGUUGAAAGCCGUCAAUGUCUCUUCCACCUUUUCCCUGCUUAAUGCUUGCACACACUCACUCAAACGAAACGGAGUCAAGCCGCGCUUCAUUCAGAUAUCUGGAGGCCGAGAGCCCACCUCUUCUUUACCCACCCCGACCUGGGAGACGGAGGGUCUCAAGCUCGCCCUCGCGCUCUCUGCCACCGGCACACUGGGCUACACCCAGACAAAAUUCCUCUCGGACCUCCUCGUCUAUAAGUGGGCAUCCCUGCAUGACGGACUCCAGGAUGCCAGUGCCCGUGUUGUGAUGCCGGGCUACAUCAUGGGAGGUGGAUCCCACGCAGUUGCGCACACUGACGAUGUCCUCUGGCGGCUGGUGAGCACCAAUGUGAGGCUGGGCAUGUACGACAGCCAGGCGACAGACGGCUGGAUGUACCUCGCCAGCUCCGCAGCCGUCGCCCGAAAGACUUUGGCCUGUCUCUUUUCAGACGGCCGCUCAAGCUCACUUCAGGCUGUUGGUGGGAAAGGCACGACGGGAGUCACCGUCACAAUCUUGGACGGUCUGCGAGAAAGCGCUUUCUGGAAGCUGGUGUCCCAGUCGGGCUAUGCCCUGGCUGCAGUUCCUCAUGACGGAUGGCUCGCUUCCGUCGAGGCGGCGGUCGAGGCCGAAGAUGUGAAGCAUCCUCUUUACCCAGUGCUACAUCUGGUCAAGCAGGGUGUUGGUCUUGGCGGUGGCUUGCCGGCUCGAGACAGUGACACGGGUGAUGAUUUUGAUAUGGAGUUGGAAGUACGAAGAGAUAUUUUGGCUAACUUGGAAUGUCUAAGGACUGCGGGAUACUUACCGGCCGUGUAG